GUAGCACAUGUGCCAUUAUGUUCAUACUUCAAAUUGCCAUCAUUAAUUGAUAUUGUGGGUAUUGUAUAAAACGAAAAACCAAGAAGAUACGAAUCUACUGAAAUUAUGGUUUCCUUGAAUCCCGUACAAAUAUUUAAAGCUGGAGCGGACGAAGAGAAAGCCGAGACUGCACGAUUGUCAUCCUUUGUUGGUGCUAUCGCUAUUGGUGAUCUGGUCAAAAGCACCCUUGGUCCAAAAGGCAUGGAUAAGAUCUUGCAAUCUCUUGGGAGAAGUGAUAUUCAAGUGACUAAUGAUGGUGCCACAAUCUUAAAAUCCAUCAAUAUUGACAACCCAGCUGCCAAAGUAUUAGUUGAUAUUUCCAAGGUGCAAGAUGAUGAAGUUGGUGAUGGAACUACCAGUGUAGUUGUUUUGGCCAGUGAGCUUUUGAGGGAAGCAGAGAAGCUGAUAGCUUCUAAGAUUCAUCCACAGACAAUAAUAAUGGGUUGGCGUAAAGCUGUCAAGGUUGCUCAAGCAGCCUUGGAGUAUUCAGCUGUGGAUCAUGGCCAAGAUGAUGCAAAGUUUCACGAAGAUUUAAUGAACAUAGCAAAGACAACAUUAAGCUCAAAAAUUUUAGUCCAUCAGAAAAAUCAUUUUGCAAAACUUGCUGUUGAUGCUGUUCUAAGGCUGAAGGGAAGUGGAAAGUUAGAGGCUAUACAAGUCAUAAAGAAACUAGGUGGAAAUCUUGCCGACUCUUACCUUGAUGAAGGUUUUCUUUUGGAUAAGAAAAUUGGUGUUAAUCAACCCAAGCGAAAAGAAAAAGUGAAGAUAUUAGUUGCCAACACUUCCAUGGAUGCUGAUAAAAUAAAGGUUUUCGGUUCUAGAGUAAGGGUUGAUUCCACUAAAAUUGCUGAGUUAGAAUUGGCAGAAAAGGAAAAAAUGAAAGAUAAAGUGGAGAGUAUCUUAAAGCACAAUAUAGAUUGUUUUAUUAAUAGACAACUUAUAUACAACUAUCCUGAGCAAUUGUUUGCUGAUGCUGGAGUGAUGGCAAUAGAGCAUGCCGAUUUUGAAGGUGUGGAAAGAUUGGCACUUGUCUUAGGUGCCGAGAUUGUGUCAACAUUCAGUAAACCUGAACUUGUUAAACUUGGUCAUUGUGACUUGAUAGAAGAGGUCAUGAUUGGUGAAGACCAGUUGAUUCACUUUUCUGGAUGCGCUCUAAACGAGGCUUGUACUAUAAUUAUACGUGGUGCUACUCAACAAAUAUUAGAAGAAGCUGAACGUUCCCUUCAUGAUGCCUUGUGUGUACUCACACAGACCGUUAAAGAAACACGAACUGUCUUUGGUGGAGGUGCAUCUGAAUUGCUUAUGGCUAAAGCCGUUGGUCAUUUGGCUUCAAAGACACCCGGUAAAGAAUCAAGAGCCAUCGAGAGUUUUGCAAAUGCACUUCGACAAAUUCCCACAAUUAUCGCUGAUAACGCCGGAUAUGAUAGUGCGCAACUCCUUUCUCAACUGAGGGCAAAACAUAGCGAUGGUGAAAGUCGUUAUGGUUUAGAUAUGCGAACUGGCGUCAUUGGAAGCAUGGUAGAGUUAGGUAUUACAGAAUCAUUCAAAGUCAAACAACAAGUGUUAUUAUCAGCAGCUGAGGCAGCAGAAAUGAUAUUACGUGUAGAUGAUAUAAUAAAGGCCGCUCCACGACAACGAAAUCCUCGUGAAGAUUAUUGCGGUUGAGUGGAGAUGUCUGCUAAUCAGACGUGGUUUGUUUACACAAACAUAUUUAAUGGUAUUGUAGUUUGGAGAUGGUAAAAAAUUGUGUUAAAUUAAAAAUUUUAUUUCAAA